AUGAACUGCGAAGAAGUACAGAAGGUCGGAACGGCCCUCACUAUUUUAAACCCAGUGGAAAAUCACCAUGCAGCUCACCUUGUCUUGGUCCCCCAAUCUAAUAUCCACCUCCGGGACCCUCGGAUCUGGCCUAUAAAUCGCAACUCUGUAAUACUAGCCGUGGUAUGUCUUGCAUUUUUCUCUAGCGCCAUUGUGUCUUUAACGGGGCAGCUCAACCUGGCUGAUCAGGAAAACCUAUCCAACAAGAUGGAGUUGGAGCAGUCCUAUGCGAACUCAGCCGCCCUAGCGGGCAUGGCAGCGGGUCCGCUCCUCUUCGCCCCAAUGUCUCAUAUGCUCGGUCGCAGCCCGGUGAUCUUCUGA